CAAGAGCCAGGCUGCCCCUGGCAGUGAGUUGGUUGUCCGCCGCAUGGCAUGGCUCCAGGACUGGGCAGGUGGGUCCUGCAUAGCUAGUCCAAGCCAAUAAAGAACUGUGAUGAGUGGUUGCUCCUCUGCUCUUCUGGCCACUGACUCUCACUGCUUGGAGUACCUCCCUGGGGGUCUGCCCACUCCCCAGGAAGGACAGCCAGGCCUGGGUAGGGCCCUCCGAGGCAAAGCCCAGAAACUGGGGCCAUGCACAGGGCAAGCCUGCACCCUACACCUAUGUAUGCCAUAGAGGUAGACUCUUAAAAAAAAAACAGAAAGAAAAAAGAAAAGUUUAUUGGUGAUGUGUAAGAAAAGGGCUGUAGGGUGGGAAGGCUUGGGGUAGGAGGCUAGGUGGGCUGCCCCGCCUGCUCCUCCUGCUGCAUCUGGGCAAUCAGCUGCUGCCGCUCAGCGGCCUGGCGCAUGCGCAUCAUGACGAGGCUCUCGUAGUCCCUUUCGGAUAGCACUGAGCCCUGGAGGACAGAGGGGGGACAGGGAGGGGUCAGCUCACAGCCUCACAGACUCGGAGGCAAAGCUGCCACCAAAAGUCAAGGAAGGAGGACGUCCAGGAAGGGAAGGACCCCAGAACAUCCCACAGUUCCAACUCACCCUUGUUCUUUCCGAGCAAGCAGGCCCCCGGCCAGGUUCUCUGCUGGCUCCCCUUCAGCCCAUCUCAGUCAGCUGUCACCCCGGACUCACCUCCUCUUUCCCAGGCCCUUCACAUCUACAGUCAGCUCCAGUCUUUUCCCGGUGAAUCACUUCCUCACCCUCUAGCCAGGCCCUUGACUCUUUUCAUUUCCUCCACCCCAUGGCUUCUGCUUCUCACAGGCUUCCAGUGAAGGGGAGUUGUCAGAGGCAUACAAGCACACCCUUCUCUGCCAGGUGGAGGUGAGAACAAGGCCCCCUCCCAGCUGCUCACCCUUCCCGUGGUCUGGCUUCUGCUGAGGAUGCUGAGGGAGCCCUAUCCUAGACAUGGCCUCGCUCAGCCUCACCCCAGAGGCCAAGAGAAACAAGCAAGAGCCUGGCUUGCCUCUAAAAAUACAUACCAGGGCUCCUGGAGGGCAGGGCCCUGUGGCUCUUUCUUUUAUGAACUUGUCAGCACAGUGUCAGGGAUUAAAGGGUAUGAUAUUUUAAUAAUCAAAAGAAUAAUAAACAACUACCUGAGUGGGCCAAGGCUGUGGAGUGGAGGCAGCUCUACCAGACAGCCCUGAGCCACCAACCCCACACCCUGAUAAGGUUGGCAGUGAGACUUAAAUCACUUCCUCCCUCAGUGCAGAUGAAGCUGUUCGAAGCCCAGCGGAACUGGCACAGGAGCAAGCCAGGCCAGGGGGCUGCACAGCAGAGAGCUGCUAAGCCCUGUUUCUGUACCUCCGGCCAGUGCACCCUUGUGGAAUAAGCCAGGAAAAAAGUCUGGUGGUCAGUGACCCGAGGAACAAGAAGGGAGUGGCUGGGGUUAGGAUGCCAGGCCUUGGCCAACUGGUUUGGACUCAGGGGUGUACGGAACCAGGAAGUGUUACUCAACUCAGAUCCCCCUGCUUCUCCUAUCAGCCCCACCCCUCCUCCUCUCUCCAGGGCUGGAGAGUUGCCCUCCCAGCCAGGCCUACGUCCUAGGCUUGACCCAGCCCCUUCCCCAGAGAGGGUCCCCAAAUGAGGCCCAGGCAGCCUGAUGGGAAGAACUGGAGGUAGUAGGACCUUGGCCCACAAUUGUCCUUUCCCGCCCUGAGGCCAUCCAGAAUAAAUGGAGGAAGGAUGAGGAAAUGGAACAGCCAGACUUGGUGUCAGGCCAAGGGGAGGGCAGUUCUCCCCUCUCCAAGGUAAUGCUGCUCUGCUGAGAAAACCUAAAGUCACCCUUGGCAUGCCCCAAGCCCAGCCCUGGGAGGAGCCAGCCCUUUAUAGCCUCCUUCCCCAUCCCUGUAGGCUCUGCUAAUGAGGGCCUGUCACCGGGUCCCAGGGCUGAGUCACCCACACCAGCAUCAGGUCUCUCUCUUCCUUCCCCAACAAUCAUUCCACACACCUGCCUUUCAAUUAACCCCACCUCCCUGAGCCCCACCCCAGACUUCUGGGGGCUGGGGGGCCAGGCCUGCCUGCGAGGGCCUAGGGCACAGGGGCUGCGAGGCAAGAGGCAGCUGGUGACACACAAAGCAGGGCUGCCCCUACAGGAGUCCCCAGAGGAAUCUUACGCUCCCCAGUGCCCUGGGGUGUUGGCUGCGCUGCCCCAGUCCCUGCCUGCGGAUGCUGCAAUUACCUCAGAGCGUGAAACCGGGCUUCCCACCUGACUGAGUCAGCUGAAGACAACAACAUAUCUCCAGCGCACACUAGCACACAGCCAAGCCACUAGUCAGAGGCCAGGAGCCACGGCAGAGAGGCAGGCCCUGCGCUGGGGAAGGAGAAAAAUCCACCUCUGACUGCGGGAGAGCUGCCCUCACUCAGGCUCCGUAAGUGCUCUUCCCUCCUCUCAGGGUUUUUCCACUGCCCUGUCAAGUAUCCAGGUCACUCCAGUCCCUCUGGGAAACUCCCACCAGGAACUCCCAGUUCCCUGCUGUCCCAGACAAGAUCACCCACUUCCGCGGACCUCUGCUCACCAUCCAGGACACUUGUGCUGAACAGAAAGCUGGAGGCCUCUGCUUCUCACCAUUCACUGCUCCAGCGGACCCGAUGGUCCCCAGCUGCCCUUGAACCAGGCUUCUGAGGUACCAGGCUAGUCUGCUGGCUCCCUAGGGCCCCAUGGAGACCUGGCGGAAAGGCUCCUUCCGCAGCGCCUCCUUCUUCAAGAGGCUGAGUCUGGGGCGGCCGAGGCGACUGCGGCGACAAGGCAGCGUGCUCAGCCAGGCCAGCACAGCCGGUGGGGACCACGAGGAGUAUAGCAACCGAGAGGUCAUCAGGGAGCUGAGAGGGAGACCUGAUGGGCGGCGCCUGCCACUGUGGGGGGACGAGCAGCCCCGGGUGACCCUGCUGGCCCCGCCCAAGCCCCCGCGCCUCUACCGAGAAAGCUCCAGCUGCCCCAACAUCCUGGAGCCCCCGUCGGCCUACACCGCUGCCUACUCAGCGACCCUGCCCUCUGCGCUCUCCCUGGCGGAAGCCCUUCACCAAUACACAGAGGAGGAGCUUCUGGACACGCCCCCCUGCCAGAGGACACCUGCUCCGGACCUCAGUGAUCCCUUCUUCUCCUUCCAAGUGGACCUGGGGAUUUCACUCCUUGAGGAAGUUCUACAGAUGCUGAGGGAGCAAUUUCCCAGUCCCUGUCUGGGGCAGCCACAGACACACUUGGAAGGAAGUUGGGGAAGAAAGAAGAAAACCUGUCACUGGUCCUUUCCCUGAAGCACCGGGUCACCUCAGCACCAAACACUUCACACCACAGCCAAGCAACCUGCAGGCCAGGACAGCACCUUUGGGUGAUGGUGAGAGCCGCAGCAAGAAGCCAGAGGGUGAAAAGUCAGGUCUAAGAAUUCCCGGCACUCAGAGAGGAAA